AUGACUAGCAAUAAUCGCCAAACAAGUAAUAAUUCAAAUGCGAAUCGGUCACCAGUUAAUGGUCAAUCAGCACGAACAUGUCAAUUCAAAAUGGUUCUAUUGGGUGAAUCAGCAGUUGGUAAAUCAUCAUUAGUACUUCGAUUUGUUCGGGGACAAUUUCAUGAAUAUCAAGAAUCGACUAUUGGUGCAGCUUUUCUUACACAAACUGUAUCUGUCGAUGAUACAACAGUUAAACUUGAAUUAUGGGAUACUGCUGGACAAGAAAGAUAUCAUUCAUUAGCACCAAUGUAUUAUAGAGGUGCUCAAGCAGCUAUUGUCGUUUAUGAUAUAACUAAUGCGGAUACAUUCAGUCGAGCUAAAGUAUGGGUUAAAGAAUUACAACGUCAAGCAGCUCCAAAUAUUGUUAUUGCUUUAGCUGGUAAUAAAGCAGAUUUAGCAGCUAAACGUCAAAUUGAAGUUGUCGAUGCUCAGACUUAUGCUGAUGAAAAUGGUUUGAUAUUUAUGGAAACGUCAGCUAAAACAGCUAUGAAUGUUAAUGAUAUAUUUAUGGCUAUAGCAAAGAAACUGCCAAAAAACCAAGAUUCAUCAAGUGGACGAACGGGUAAUAACGGUCCAUCGAUAACAGUCGAUCGACCUGGAAAUUCAAGAGCGGCGGGAAGCGAUGGAGGAUGUUGUGCGGGUACUAAGUAA